AGUCUGUAAUGGCCGCUGUGAGGGAGAGGAGUAUGUUGUUCGUUGCAGUAUAGAAAUGCACCUUUUGUAAACCUUUAUGUUAUCUAUAAACACAAUAUGACUUAACAACAAAAAAAAAAAACUUAGGCUUAUUAUCUUUAAUUUCUGUUUCUGGUACGUUUAUGUAUUUUCAGGCGCUUACACUGUUCCUUUUAUUUUGAAUGGAAGUGUUCGGCCUCUUACACAUCACGUAUUUAUUUAUUAUACAGUGCCCUAAUUGAGAAGUUUCUUUCUUAUUUAGAAGUUUUUCAUUAAGGCCAGACCACAGCAAUGUUUUGUUUAAGUUAAUAUUUAUUUUUCUCAUUUUAAACGCCAUCUGGUUACAACCGAGCUGCACUAAAGCAGUGGAAAAGUUUGUUGUGGUUGUUUUUCUGGUAAAACAAAACAAAAUACUUACUUUAAUGUAAGAAGUUAUUCUUAAAUAAUAAUGUAUUCUACAUUUUGAAAAGACAAUUAACAGUGUUGGUACUAGCACGCGAGGUGCACUAGUUUAAUCUACCCAUAGAAUUACAGCUAAGAGUUUCUGCGAAACAUUUCCGUACAGCUUUGUAUACAACUUCAGUGGUCAAAGUGUAAUUGUGUCGCUGGCCAACGGCCAAUCGCAAGAUGACCUCUAUUAUCAAGUUGACUGCGAUUUCAGGGGUGCAGGAGGAGUCGGCUCUCUGCUACCUGCUUCAGGUGGACGAGUUUCGCUUCUUACUGGACUGUGGAUGGGAUGAAAGUUUCUCUAUGGAUAUCAUAGAUGCAAUUAAAAGGCAUGUUCACCAGGUGGAUGCAGUGCUUCUCUCCCAUCCCGAUCCUCUGCACCUCGGAGCUCUUCCUUAUGCAGUGGGGAAGCUGGGGCUAAACUGUAGUAUUUAUGCCACUAUCCCAGUUUACAAAAUGGGGCAGAUGUUUAUGUAUGACCUUUAUCAGUCUCGUCACAACACUGAAGACUUCAACUUGUUUACUCUGGACGAUGUGGACUCAGCCUUUGACAAGAUACAGCAGUUAAAGUACUCUCAAAUUGUCAACUUGAAAGGUAAAGGACAUGGCUUGUCAAUAACUCCACUGCCAGCUGGUCACAUGAUAGGAGGAACCAUCUGGAAGAUUGUGAAGGAUGGGGAGGAGGAAAUUGUGUAUGCUGUUGACUUUAACCAUAAGAGGGAAAUCCAUUUGAAUGGAUGUUCUCUGGAAAUGGUUAACAGGCCAUCUCUGCUCAUCACAGAUUCCUUUAAUGCCACAUAUGUCCAACCCAGAAGGAAACAGCGUGACGAACAAUUACUAACAAAUGUGAUGGAGACGUUGCGGGGGGAUGGCAAUGUGCUGAUUGCCGCAGACACUGCAGGGAGAGUCCUUGAGUUAGCUCAGCUCUUGGAUCAAAUCUGGAGAACCAAGGAUGCAGGACUGGGAGUCUACUCGCUUGCAUUGCUCAAUAAUGUCAGCUACAAUGUAGUGGAGUUUUCAAAAUCGCAGGUGGAGUGGAUGAGUGACAAGCUGAUGAGAUGUUUUGAGGACAAGCGAAACAACCCCUUCCAGUUCCGCCACCUCUCCCUUUGCCACAGCCUCUCUGACCUGGCCCGAGUACCCAGUCCCAAGGUAGUACUUGCCAGCCAGCCUGACCUGGAGUCGGGCUUCUCCAGGGAACUGUUUAUCCAGUGGUGCCAGGAUCAGAAGAACUCGAUCAUCCUCACGUACAGGACCUCCCCAGGCACCCUCGGCAGGUAUCUGAUAGACAACCCUGGGGAAAGGAUCAUUGACCUGGAGUUAAGGAAAAGGAUUAAGUUGGAAGGAAGGGAGUUUGAAGAAUACAUGGAAAAGGAAAAAAUGAAAAAAGAAGCUGCCAAAAAGCUAGAACAAGCAAAAGAAGUGGAUGUUGACUCCAGUGAUGAGAGUGACAUGGAGGAGGAUGUGGAACAGCCGCUUCCUUGGAAGGCAAAGCACGACCUGAUGAUGAGGGGCGAAGGCGGCCGCAAGGGAGGCUUUUUCAAACAGGCUAAAAAGUCCUACCCCAUGUUUCCCACCCACGAAGAAAGAAUCAAAUGGGAUGAAUAUGGAGAAAUUAUUAGGCCUGAAGAUUUCCUGGUUCCUGAACUUCAGGCCACAGAAGAAGAAAAAAAUAAGAUGGAAUCUGGACUGACAAAUGGAGAGGAGCCUGUGGACCAAGACCUGUCUGAUGUGCCCACAAAGUGCAUCUCAACAACAGAAUCCAUAGAAAUCAAAGCUAGAAUAACGUACAUAGACUAUGAAGGACGCUCAGACGGAGACUCAAUUAAAAAGAUCAUAAACCAGAUGAAGCCCCGACAGUUGGUGAUUGUGCACGGACCUCCAGAAGCCAGUCAUGACCUCGCUGAGUCUUGCAAAGCUUUCAGUGGGAAGGACAUUAAGAUUUACACACCCAAACUGCAGGAAACUGUGGACGCAACGAGUGAAACCCAUAUCUACCAGGUGAGGUUAAAGGACUCCUUGGUGAGCUCCCUUCAGUUCUGCAAAGCCAAGGAUGCAGAGCUGGCCUGGAUCGACGGCAUGUUGGACAUGAGAGUCGUCAAAGUGGACACAGGAGUGAUUAUUGAAGAAGGAGAAAUCAGAGAUGAUGCAGAGGAGGGAGAGCUACCCAUGGACAUUCCCUCCUCCACCCUCACCACCAACUCCAGCACCAUCGCUCAGCAGAAAGCCAUUAAGAGCCUGUUCGGAGACGAUGACAAGGACAUUUCGGAGGAGAGUGACAUCAUUCCAACCUUGGAGCCCCUCCCCGCAAACGAGAUUCCAGGCCAUCAGGCAGUCUUCAUUAAUGAACCCAGACUCUCAGAUUUCAAACAGGUUCUGUUACGAGAAGGGAUCCAGGCAGAGUUUGUGGGAGGAGUCUUGGUUUGCAACAACAUGGUUGCUGUCCGCAGGACUGAGGCUGGACGAAUUGGAUUAGAAGGCUGUCUGUGUGAAGAUUACUACAAAAUACGGGGACUUCUGUAUGAACAGUAUGCAGUAGUUUAAGAAAACUGAUCUACACUGCAGAAAAUGGACACCCAAAUAGAGACUUUCUUAAGUACCCAGUUGAACAGCCUGAAGUUAAAUUCUUCUGUUAAAGCUGUAUUUUGUAUUUUCUUUAAACACUGGGCACUUCUUAGAAUCUGUAUAAACAAUAAACUUAAAUAAGAGUAUUCCAAGGUUUAGUUUUUUUAUGUAGUCAAGAUACAGACUGGGUUAAAAAAAAAAUAGUAAUAAUUUAGGGCUGACAUGUCAUAUUUGUUUGUAUGCCUCAGAAGAAGGAAAAAAAAAACUGUUUUACAAUGGCUGUCAAGAUUGAGUAUCAAGUUGUUCAUUUAAUAUAAUUUUUUUUACUUGA